AUGGGAGGGAGAGCUAGUGGAGAAGACUCUCGCGCCAGGAGAGUGCACGAUGUGUGGGACUUUAUGAGGGGCAGAGAUUUCCAUCCCCGUGUAGUCCAGCUCCUGCGUGAUAGGGGCUUUUAUAGGAUUUUUCAGAUUGGGCGGCUGCAACUCGACUGGUCUUUGAUAACAGCCUUGAUAGAGCGGUGGCGACCGGAGACGCACACUUUCCACCUGCCCAUUAGCGAAGCCACCAUCACGCUUCAGGAUGUUCAGGUUUUAUAUGGGCUGCCUGCUGAUGGACUGGCCGUUGCACUGCCUCAGUAUAUGAGAUCUAUGACGCGUGCCCAGUAUUUGGACUUGCUGCAGCAGUUCACUGGUUUCAGGCCACAGGGUGAGGCUGCAGCUUCAGGGGGCGGUCGCAUUUCUGUGACAGCUAUUAGAUAG